AUGCUUCCAUACAACCGCAGCUGUAGAAGAGGCACUCCGUGGUCUCUCCAGGCCUCAUCCACGCUCCGAAUGGGGCAGACGCGAUGGCAUGUGCAGCCAUUGGCAACCGGCCAUGAGAACCAGAACGUCUAUUCCGCCAACUCUACCGGCCGAUCUAGCGCAAACACUUUUCGACCGGCUGCCCCUCAUUUGGCGGCCUCACGACUGAAGGCGCCAGCCGUUUUUCGGCCCACCAGACCGGAAGGCGGUAAGAAGGGGCUUCGAGACAUAAACGGUCCGGAGGCUGGCGGUGCCGCUUUCAACUAUUCCCAAUCUGUGGAACACGAACCGAGGACGGACUGUCGGCAGAAGGAUAGUAUUGACCAGAGCAGAGGGUCUAUUAUUUUGGCGAACACACAAAACAGACCUACAAGUUAG